ACCACCGGGUUGGCGCUUGGAGCAAGCCGCCCGGGGCUCCGCGGGGGGGCGGUACGAGCUCCGGCUGCGGGAGGGAGAGCUGGGGAGGAGGCGGCGGCUCCGAGAACAUGAAUCAGCGGCGACGGCGGCGACGGCUGUGGAAGGAGCGCGGUGGCCCAGGAGCGGCCCCACGGACCCCGUUCUGCUGACGGCAGCCGCCGCGACUCGCCACGGGCGCGGGUCUCGGAGGCACGGGCCCCAGCACCGCCCCCCGGGCCAACCCCUGCCCCUCCCGCGGUCCUCCUCUCUCCUCCCUCCUCCUUCUUCCCUCCUCUCUCCUCCCUGGUCGCUCGUGGGCCCGGCCCGGCAUGGUGCGGCGUCGCCGCCGAUGGCGCUGAGGCGGAGCAUGGAGCGGUCGGGGCUCCCGCCGCUGCCGUCGCCGCCGCCGCCGCUGCUGCUGCUGGUGGGUCUGGCCGCUCUGUUGCUCCGCGAGCCAGUGGCCGCAGGUCUAAAAUUCAUGGGAGCCCCGGUGAAGCUGACAGUGUCUCAGGGGCAGCCAGUGAAGCUCAACUGCAGUCUGGAGGGAAUGGAGGAGCCUGAGAUACAAUGGGUGAAGGACGGGGCUGUGGUCCAGAGUGUGGAUCAGGUGUACAUCUCAGUCAGCGAGCAGCACUGGAUCGGCUUCCUCAGCCUGAAGUCAGUGGAACGCUCUGAUGCAGGCCGAUACUGGUGCCAGGUGGAGGAUGGGGGCGAAACCGAGACCUCCCAGCCGGUGUGGCUCAUAGUAGAAGGUGUGCCAUUUUUCACCGUGGAGCCGAAAGACUUGGCAGUGCCACCCAAUGCCUCUUUCCAACUGUUUUGUGAGGCCGUGGGUCCCCCUGAACCUGUUACCAUUAUCUGGUGGAGAGGAAGCACGAAGGUUGGGGGACCUGCUCCCUCUCCUUCUGUUUUAAAUGUAACAGGGGUAACCCAGAGCACUGUGUUCUCCUGUGAAGCUCACAACCCGAAAGGCCUGGCUUCUUCUCGCCCAGCCACUGUCCGUCUUCAAGCACUGCCUGCAGCUCCUUUUAACAUCACGGUGACGAAGCUCUCCAGCAACAAUGCCAGCGUGGCCUGGACGCCAGGAGCUGAUGGCCGAGCCAUGCUCCAAUCCUGUACGGUCCAGGUGACACAGGCCCCGGGAGGCUGGGAGGUCCUGGCUGUUGUGGUCCCUGUGCCACCUUUUACCUGCCUUCUCCGGGACCUGGCACCUGCCACCAACUACAGCCUCAGGGUGCGCUGUGCUAACGCCUUGGGGCCUUCUCCAUAUGCUGACUGGGUGCCGUUUCGGACAAAGGGCCUCGCCCCAGCCAGUGCUCCCCAGAACCUCCGUGCCAUCCGCACAGACUCAGGCCUCAUCCUGGAGUGGGAAGAAGUGAUCCCCGACGGCUCUUUGGAAGGCCCCCUGGGACCCUAUAAACUGUCCUGGGUUCAAGACAAUGGAACGCAGGGUGAGCUGAUAGUGGAGGGGACCUGGGCCAACUUGACAGUCUGGGACCCCCAGAAAGACCUGACUGUGCGUGUGUGCAUCUCCAAUGCAGCUGGCUGUGGGCCCUGGAGUCAGCCACUGAUGGUCUCGUCUCAUGACCACGCAGGCCAGCAGGGCCCGCCCCACAGCCGCACGUCCUGGGUGCCCGUGGUGCUGGGUGUGCUGACAGCCCUGGUGACGGCUGCUGCCUUGGCCCUCAUCCUGCUGCGAAAGAGGCGGAAGGAGACACGGUUUGGGCAAGCCUUUGACAGUGUCAUGGCCCAAGGGGAGCCAGCCGUUCAUUUCCGGGCAGCCCGGUCCUUCAAUCGGGAGAGGCCUGAGCGCAUCGAGGCCACGCUGGACAGCUUGGGCAUCAGCGAUGAGCUGAAGGACAAGCUGGAGGAUGUGCUCAUCCCAGAGCAGCAGUUCACCCUGGGCCGGAUGCUGGGGAAAGGAGAGUUUGGUUCAGUGCGGGAGGCCCAGCUGAAGCAGGAGGAUGGUUCCUUUGUGAAAGUAGCUGUAAAGAUGCUGAAAGCUGACAUCAUUGCCUCAAGCGACAUUGAAGAGUUCCUCAGGGAGGCGGCUUGCAUGAAGGAGUUUGACCACCCACACGUGGCCAAGCUUGUUGGGGUGAGCCUCCGGAGCAGGGCCAAAGGCCGUCUCCCCAUCCCCAUGGUCAUCCUGCCCUUCAUGAAGCACGGGGACCUGCACGCCUUCCUGCUUGCCUCCCGGAUUGGGGAGAACCCCUUUAACCUGCCCUUGCAGACCCUGAUCCGGUUCAUGGUGGACAUUGCUUGUGGCAUGGAGUACCUGAGCUCCCGGAACUUCAUCCACCGAGACCUGGCCGCUCGGAAUUGCAUGCUGGCAGAAGACAUGACGGUGUGUGUGGCUGACUUUGGACUCUCCCGGAAGAUCUAUAGCGGGGACUACUAUCGUCAGGGCUGUGCUUCCAAAUUGCCUGUCAAGUGGCUAGCCCUGGAGAGCCUGGCUGACAACCUGUAUACUGUGCAAAGUGACGUGUGGGCCUUCGGGGUGACCAUCUGGGAGAUCAUGACUCGCGGGCAGACACCGUAUGCUGGCAUCGAGAACGCUGAGAUUUACAACUACCUCAUCGGCGGAAACCGCCUGAAACAGCCUCCGGGCUGUAUGGAGGACUUGUACGAGCUCAUGUACCAGUGCUGGAGUGCCGACCCCAAGCAGCGCCCGAGCUUCACAUGCCUGCGAAUGGAGCUGGAGAACAUUCUGGGCCACCUGUCUGUGCUGUCCGCGAGCCAGGACCCCUUGUAUAUCAACCUUGAGAGAGCUGAGGAGCCUGUCGAGGGAGCUAGCCUGGAGCUGCCUGGUGGGGAGCAGGCCAGUGGUGGGGCUGAGGAUGGCAGUGGCAUGGGGGCCGUGGGGGGCAUCCCCAGUGACUGUCGGUAUAUCCUCAGCCCUGGAGGGCUAGAUGAGCGGCCCUGGCAGGGGGAACAGCAGCCAGAAAGCCCCCUCAACGAGGCCCAGAGGCUAAUAUUGCUGCAGCAAGGGCUACUGCCUCAUAGUAGCUGUUAGGCCGCAGGCAGAGGGCAUCCGGGGCCAUGCGCCUGGCUGACCUAGCCCUGUGUGACCCCAGCCCAGGCAGCAAGGCGUGGAGGCUCCUGUGGUAGUCUUCGCAAGCUGUGCUGGAAGCCUGGACUGACCAAAUCGCCCAAUCCCGGUUCUUCCUGCAGCCACUCUGUGGCCAGCCUGGCAUCAGUUCAGGCCUUGGCUGGGUGGAGGUGGGCCAAGCCUGGUUGUCUAAACCCAGGCAGCUGGCAGGAGGGGGUGGUUAUGUUUCCAUGGUUACCAUGGGUGUGGAGAGGAGUUGGGGGAGAGUACAUUCAGCCCUGUGGGCCCCUACUCUCCCGGCUGAGCUGCUCCUGCUGCUUCAGUGCAUGCAUUGAGGGGUCUCUGGCCUGGGGGCCCAGCUAUGCCCAUGCUUGGGCUUCUAUGCCCAAGUUUGCCCCUCCUCACAAAGAGAUGCCCUUGUAUUAUUCCCCGUUAGGUGAGAGUUGAUAAGGGGUUAGUACAGUCAGGACCUAAGCCCUGUGGGAGGAGGCAGUGGGACUCUCAGGUCUGAACCAUCGUCACCUUCCUGAUUACCCACCUCGCCUAGGCCAGGAGCAAAGCAAGGCAUGUGACCAGGUCACAGUGAGGCAUGCGGGAUUACCACAGGCUGCCACCUGCCCAGCUUCUAAAGGCAGUGC